GACCAUGGUGGAGAGUGUUGGAUCAAGCCUGGACCUGAGAAAUGGAUUCCUCAGAGCUGUAAGACUUGUGACCAUGUUGAGGACUCCACACACUGGCUUCAGAUUGAACCCUUGACUUCCACUGUCCAGGGAGUGACAAUGUUCAGACACAGGACACCCAAAGGGAGUUAUGAGUGCACAGUGUCUGGGCUCCGCUGGCUGUGUGAGAGAGAUGUCGUUCUGAAGUAUCACUUCAGGACCUGGGAACCCUACAGUCAACUUCUAAAAGACAUGCAGUACACACAAGGUGGUCCAUUGCUGGACAUCACUGUGGAGUUAGGUGAACUGGAGGAAGUUCAUCUGCCACACUUUGUCUGUUUAGGGACCAACCCUUCCCGGUGGAAUGAGAUGAAGGUUCUUCAUGUAGAGGAACAUGGAGUGUCUUUAGAGGAAGUGCAUGAGGUCACCAGAUUCCAUGCUAAGAUUCUCCAUCCCAAGUUCUCAGCUAUCUCUCUGAUACUGAGAUUACUGUCUUGGAACGUAGACGUCCACUGUGACGUGGUCCUCUAUUUGGCAGUAAAAAGGUCAACAGUAAUUUCAAGGCUGUACCUGCUCCUCAGAAACUCCAGUCAGAAAGAGGCUGUUCAGGAACGGGAGAAAAAUCAGGUGUCCAAAGGAUAUUCAGAAUUGGUCCUGUCAAGUCCAAACGGGUCCUUAAAGCUGAACAGUUGGUUUGCGUUCAAGAAUCUCCACUCCACUUCCAUCAAUCCAGAGAAGAUUCAGCUGUUACCUGAAGACACCACACCAAGCUGUUGUAAGAUGAUCAUGAGAAACACAGGGGUUGACAUUGAGAUGGAGUUAAUCGGGGAUGAUGAGAGGACAGUAUGGAAAUCAGUGGUAUCAAAAGACGUAUACAGCAACGACUCUCAUCCAAUAUCAUUAACACUCUCUGGGAUUCCUGCUGAGGAGUUUCUGAAGAAACACAGGGCUGUACUCAUUCAGGGAGUCAAAAACCCAAUGCCGAUAGCAGAUGUUCUGUCGUCAAAGGACAUGAUUGGUGAUGAAGAGUACUCCAGAAUAACAGCUGAAACAACUGAACAGGAGCGAAUGAGAGAACUACUGAAUGCAGUCCUCCCUAAAGGACCAGAAGUGAUGGGAGCUUGUUUCAAAGCUCUCAGUGAACAUGAAUACCAUCUUGUUAAGUACUUGAGUGAAUCUAGCACCUAAUCUGAAGAUGCUGAGGCCUGUCUCCUAGUCUGUGGACAAAGACACUUCUCCACCUAAUCUGAAGAUCCUGAGGCCUGUCUCCUAGUCUGUGGACAAAGACACUUCUCCACCUAAUCUGAAGAUGCUGAGGCCUGUCUCCUAGUCUGUGGACAAAGACACUUCUUCACCUAAUCUGAAGAUGCUGAGGCCUGUCUCCUAGUCUGUGGACAAAGACACUUCUUCACCUAAUCUGAAGAUGCUGAGGACUGUCUCCUAGUGUGUUUACAAAGACAUUUAUUCACCUAAUCUGAAGAUGCUGAGGCCUGUCUCCUAGUCUGUGGACAAAGACACUUAAAUUAUUGUUAGGGAAAUUAUGUUUCCUUUUCUUUUAACAAAUGUCUGUAUUUUGUUAAUGUGCUGUUCUAUAAACCAAUGUGUGUUCAUCAAGUGGCUGACUGUACAAAUCCUCACUAUCAGUAGCUGUAAUUUGGCAGCAAGCCCAGAUGAUGUUUUGAGAACGAGAUAUCUCAGUUUCAAGGUCUCAGCUUAGAGAGAAGAAGACUGGUGAGGUGUUGGUCUGUCAAAUGCUAUGAAC